AUGGCUAUAUUUAAUUUAAAAAAUAAUGACAUUCAGUAUGACGAAAUUCAAACGUAUGAAAUAGGAAGAUAUCUCAGCAGCAAUGAAGCAGUUUGGAGGAUAUUGGGGUUUCCUAUUUACGAAAGGCACCCCACUGUUGUUCAUUUAAGUGUGCAUCUUGACAAUGGUCAGAGAGUUUACUUUACAGAAGAAAAUGUUUUAGAACGAGUGCAAGCUCCACCAGAAACUACUUUAACUGCAUUUUUCUCUUUAUGUCAAAGUGAUGCAUUUGCUCGAUCUUUAUUGUAUCAUCAAGUGCCUAAAUAUUAUACAUGGAAUAAAAGCAACAAGAAAUGGGUUCCUAGGAAAUCUGGACAAGCUGUGCCUGAUCACCCAGGAAUUAAAUCAAGUGAUGCUCUUGGUCGUGUCUACACUGUUCACCCAAGUAAUUCGGAAUGUUUCCAUCUAAGAUUAUUGCUUCAUGAGGUUAUAGGCCCGACAUUUUUUUCUGAUUUAAAAACAUUUAACGGAAUUGUUUGUGAAACUUUCAAACAGGCUUGCGAACUGAGAGGGCUUCUGGACGAUGAUUCUCAUUGGAAAAGUACUUUAGAUGAAGCAGCUACAACGCAUUCAGGGCGAAUGUUGCUAGAUCUAUUUGCAGUUAUUCUUCACACUUGCUGCGUAUCUAAUCCUGUACAUUCUGCGUAUCUAAUUAUGAAAUUUACAUAG